UCUCUCUCUCUCUCUCUCUCUCUCUUCCAUGUUCUGUUCCGAACUGACAAACAAGAGAGAGAAGAGGGACAGCCGGACACGGAGAGAUCACCUACCACACUUAAACGGUACCCAUCCCUAGAAAAAAAUCACAUAACUUUCAGUCACUUCAGGUUUGAGAGAGCUAACACAUAGUUAAACUCAAGGGAGUGGGUGGGCGUUCUGGAACUUGUUGUCGGACAUUGAUGAUCUUUGUCUAUAAGAACGAUUACAUGAAGAUUAACACUCUGGGUCUUGAAAAUGGAAGCUUUACCAAAACAACCCCAAGAAGUUGUCAUUGAUGUUGAUGGAGAAGAGCAGGCAAACCAGACAGAUAACGAGGAGCAAGAAGAUAGGUGUUCCUCUUCUUCGAGUGAUGAGUCUGCAGGGACAAAUGAGAUCAUCAAGGAGAGGGAAUCUUCUGUGUUCGAGACUUCUUCUCUGGAGGUGGAUCUGGAGUCUGGGGCUACUGAAACCAAGGUACAUUUGGCCAAAGUGGAGAGGGAUUGCAGGAUUUGCCAUCUCAGCUUGGACCCAACUAGUGAAGAAUCUGGUGUGCCUAUAGAGUUGGGUUGUUCUUGUAAAGAUGAUUUGGCUGCUGCCCAUAGGCAGUGUGCUGAAGCAUGGUUCAAAAUUAAAGGAAACAGAACAUGUGAGAUUUGUGGAUCGACUGCCCGGAAUGUUGCUGCUACAAAUGAGACAGACAUAACGGAUCAGUGGAAUGAAGCAAAUGAUGCCACAGCAGCGACAGCUCCUGUCACAAUUCAUGCUGCAGAAACUCGAAACUUCUGGCAGGGCCAUCGGUUUCUAAAUUUCCUGCUAGCCUGUAUGGUCUUUGCCUUUGUAAUCUCCUGGCUGUUUCACUUCAACGUACCCUCGUGAAAAACCUGUAAACAAAGUUUCUGGCAGUGGUUUUAGAAGUCGAUGCCUGAAGUGGACGAGCCUCUUGCUUCUUAUAGCACUUUGCUGGUACAUUCUCUGUACCAUUGCACUUCACCUCACCUCCUAGCAAUAGUUAUUCCUUAAUUAGCGUGCUGUUUAUAUAUUAGUAUCAGAGCUUGAACGAGCUGUGUAAUUUUUGUUGUGUUCUUUUGUUGGAUUUAAUUUACACAACCUCGAAUGUUGUAAAACUGUUGUAAUUUAUGUAUUGCAUUGCAGCAUCUGCACAACCGUGCAGUCUUCUCCUGUCCUUAA